AUGAUAAUUUACAAAAUAGCCUUUGCUAGUAUUAUUUUUUGUUUCAUCUAUACAAUUGUUGCUCAGAUCCACGAUUAUCAUUUGACGAUUACAAAAAAAUUAAAAACAAACUACGUACCAUUAAUGUAAACCUACAUGAUGGAUCACACUAACUACAGCAAAUUCAAAUAAUCCUACAAUGAAUCCUAUCUAAACAUGAUUGAGGAACCUAGUUAUUGCAUAGAAUCAGAUACAUUAAAAUUAAUUCACCCUGACAUACUUCUUUAGGAUAAAUAUAUAAUGAGAGAAUUGGACAAAGGAAAUCUAUAAAGGGAAAUAAUCAAAAGCCGAAUGUUUGAUUCAAUCCAAAACAUCUAACCAUUGCAGAAGCCAACUACAAAAUUUUAACAUAGAAUUCCUCCACAAUUAUCAUACUUUUAUACUUUUAAACCAAGAUUAUAGGAUAAUUAUCACUUUGGUUAGGGACUAGGCUGUAUGUUUUAGAAAUUCAAUCAUAUACCUGGAUUAUAUACCUUAACAAGCAAAAACAGUUUAAUAUAUAAUUAUGCAAAAUAUAUCUAUGACAUGAAAAAACGCAAUGCUAGUUCAUACUGUAUAGAAAGUGCAUCAUAUGUUCCAGACACUUUGAGAUUGAAUGUUAAAUCGGAAUGCUAAUCAUUUUUUAAAUAGCUGAACAAGCUCUAAGAUGAAUACAAGAGCAACAUUAGAUAAUAUAAUGGUCCAGAUUACUUGCUUAAGACUGAUGAACAUAGAGGAGAGGGGAUACGAUUAUUACUCUAAUCACAAAUAGAAAACAUAACUACUGUGUAUGAGAAUGGAGAGUUGUGUGGUAAUAUCACCGAGAAGAUUGUGGCACAGAAAUAUAUCAACCGUCCAUUUUUAUAUAAGGGACAUAAGAUUGAAUUCAGAAUGUACAUUUAUUUGGCAAGCAGCAAGCCUUUACAAUUGUAUAUGUAUAAAAGGGCUCUGAUCAAGAGAUGUGCCAAUGAAUACAAUCCAUUAUCAGAAUCAAUACCUGCCCAUAUUUGCAACACUGCAAUUACAGAGAAAACUCACAAGAAUUCGAGUAACUCUGGAGAAAGCUAGGAGGAGGACGAGGAGAUGUUUAUCGAUUGGAAUUUAGAGGGGAUUGAGGAGUUAUUGAAAGAGCAGGGCAGAAUACCUAAAAAAUAGAAUUGGCUUUAAGAGUACCUUUAUCCAAGAAUUUAUGUCAAAAUAAUUCACACUAUCAGAAGUGGAUAAUAUGCAUUCUAUUAAGACUCCAGAUUUUGUGAGUUUUUGGCCAUUGAUUUUCUUCUUGAUAAUGAUUUAGAUAUUUGGUUAUUGGAAAUCAAUUACAAUCCUCAGAUCUUAAGUGUUACACCGGAUAGGGUCAGGAGGAAUUAUAAAAUGAUAGAGGAUACUAUGGAAAUUGCAUUCGCAUAUCUGAAGUCAAAAUACAAAAGGAUCAAAUAAUUUUUGGAGGAUGAAUUGAUGAAAUAUCAAUAUACUGGAAAUAGAAUUAGAUAGGUGGAUUUUAGAAAUCAAUUUGGAAAGCAAUUUAGUUAGUUACUAGAUGAUGUAUCAAUUGAUUAGGAGUUUAGUUUAUCAAAGGAUAACUUAUAUGCACAUAUAAUAGAUGAAAGUAAAUAAGGAAGUGAGAAAUACUUUAAUUUGAUAGAUGCUGAAUGCAUAUGA